AAUGCUCAACUUAGCUCCUUCAAAUAUUCGAAUAAAGAAUUAAUCUACAUCUGUCCUUUUGUUACCUUUCUCAAAAUAUUAGUAAAUGUGUUUUUAACAUCACUGUCGAUUCAGCUAAGCCAACCACUUUUCAUUUUGAUAAGAAUCAGGAAAAUAUUCGGUAAGCUAAUUCACCUUUCCCACAUGAUUCAAAGGAUUAAGAUCGAACUCAAAUCUGUUGCAUUUACUCAAUAUCAAGGGACCGAAACACAAGAAAGAGGUUUUUCUUCCAUAAAAAGAAAAAAAUUAUUGAAGUGAAACUCCGAUUGAAGAAGGGUGAGCGGUGUGUUUGAUUUUUUUUAUUUUUUUUUUUUGCAAAUUUCCCUCUUCUGCAAAAUAGUUGCUGAAGAAAACUAGAGACGAGGAGGAAGGGCUGGAGACGAGAUGGUUCUGCUAGUGAAAAUCUUCAUUUAAAUGGGUUAGGAUGAUUUUUGAUUUGGGUUUGAGAAAGAAAAAAAAAAAAAACAUGUAGGAGGUUUUGGCAGCCAUGGUAACCAAUUUUUAGGGUGGACAGAUGUUCUUUGGGUAGGAAAGUUAAUAGAUAAUUUUUUUAAAAUAAAACAAAUACACAUGUCAUUUAAUGAUUUGUCCGUUUGACAAGUCAUCCGCAAUUGUAAUACACAAAAAAUAGGGCGUGCGAGCGCCGUUUAUGCAUUUCGUCUUUUAUAAUGGGUUAAGUUUUUAAUUUGUUUUUUAAGGUUAAGUGAUUUACCUGGGUAUAAAAUAUAAAUAGGGCAGAAGGUGUAAAAUUUUGCUUUUACGAUUCGGAGUGUUCCUCUGGUCGAAGACCGCCAUUAUCGAGCGAGCCGAUUCUUAACGCGGAUCUCCGGCUAUUUCAUCACCCGUUUUGAGUCUAAGGGAGAUUAUAUCAUUGCGUUCGGAGGCUUGAAGCAGAUUAAGCGUCCACUACUUAGUUAACAUACCAUUUUCUUCAAGGGGCUUCUUUUUGUUGUAAAAAUGUCUGUUACAGCUGGUGUAAGUGACACAAUUAUCGCAAUUAGGGAAAAGCUCAGGGGUAAAAUUGGCCAAACAAAAGUGAAAAGAUACUGGCCUGGUAAAGCUCCUGAGUGGGCAGAUGAAGCGGAAAAAGAUGAGGAUCUUAGGAUGACCAGGGAAGCAGCGCUUGAGAAAGCCUUUCCUAGCCAGGGCGGUUCUGACAUUGCAAGAAAGGAUGAUGCAAGGCUGCGUCGACUGGCAGAGAGUAGAGUUGAUAAUCGUGAGGAAAUCAGAGCGGAUCAUCGACGCAUCCGGCAAGCAGAGAUUGUUUCAACCAUAGAAGAGGAAAAUAGAAGACUGGAAAGAAUGGAAUUUGAGGAGGAUGAUGAAGAUGCAUUGGACGAAAGGAGGAGGAGAAUCAAGGAAAAAAAUCUUCAGAGGCAACAGGAAGAAGCUCUGCCAGAGGAAGAAGAAGAGGAGGCAGAGGAAGAGGAGGAAGAAGAGUCAGAAUAUGAGACAGAAUCAGAGGAAGAAACAACAGGGAUAGCAAUGGUGAAACCAGUUUUUGUUCCAAAAUCUGAGAGAGACACCAUAGAUGAGCGUGAGAAGCGUGAGGCAGAGGAACGAGCUCUCGAGGAGUUAGUGAAGAAGAGGUUAGAGGAGAGAAAAGUUGAAACAAAGCAAAUAGUUGUUGAGAAGAUACGUGAGGAAGAAAUAAUUCAGAAAAAUUUGGAGCUGGAAGCUAAUAUUGCUGAUGUAGAUACUGAUGAUGAGGUGAAUGAGGCUGAAGAAUACGAAGCUUGGAAGUCCAGAGAAAUUGCUAGGAUCAAGAGGGAGAGGGACGACAGGGAGUCUAGUAGGAAGGAGAGGGAAGAAAUAGAGAGGGUGAGAAACAUGACGGAAGAAGAGAGGAAGGAGUGGGAGAGGAGAAACCCGAAACCUGCCCCACCACCCAAGCAGAAGUGGAAGUUUAUGCAGAAAUACUACCACAAGGGUGCUUUCUUCCAGUCAGAUCCUGAUGACACCGCUGGAACUUCUGGUGCUGAUAAUAUAUACCACCGUGAUUUCUCUGCACCAACAGGGGAGGAUAAGUUGGAUAAGUCCAUACUACCAAAAGUCAUGCAGGUUAAACACUUUGGUCGUAGUGGAAGGACAAAAUGGACACAUCUUGUCAAUGAGGAUACAACUGAUUGGAACAACCCGUGGACGUACAAUGACACUCUUCGGGCCAAGUACAAUGCGAAAAUGGCUGCUGUUAAUGCUCCUAUUGCGAAGCCUAAGGGUAAGAAAUUGAAGGAUUGGGAGACUCGGUGAAGCGGUAUUAUAGUCUUGUUCUCGCUUGUGCUCAUGAUUUUGCUCUCAGAUCCUUCUAAGCAUAGCUGUCUUUCUAUUUUGCUUGUUACAUUGAAAUGUCAUUUGUAGCUCUUGUGCGAAGUUAUUUGAAUUGCAGAGGGUAGCUGUGUGUGUAUGGCUAAUUAGCAGAAUUCUCUAAUUAUCCUUAUUGAAAAUUCAUGUGUUAGGGCAUAUAUGGUGUUCCGCUUUUCAAUUAUUGAGACCUGCUGUUUAAAAAGCAUGAGCGAAACUUGGUCUCUGUAUGUUCAUUAUGCUCAACAAAAAGCAUGAUUAGUUUUCUUGAA